GCGCUAUCUUUGACCUACGGUGUCCACAGAGGAACAAACUGGUUCGAUUCAAAGCUCUUCUUUUCCUGCGUUGGCGCUGUGCAUGAACUUACAGCUUCUACACUUUAUUAAACAUCAUAUUAAACACCAUGGCUGCACUGUCUUCCUCAUCAGCUAAGUAUGUUUUGGGCAUUGAUUUGGGAACCACCUCGAUCAAGGUUGUGUUGCUCGACACUCGAUCAAAGACCGUGACGGACAGCUGCAGUUUACAGACCAGCUCUGACGUCAUCGACGACACGCACGAACACGUCAAGGAGCAGGACCCGGUGCGGAUCAUUGCUACUCUUGACCAGUGCAUGUGUGCUCUCCCUAAGGAAAAGCUGCAUGACGUCAUAUGCAUUGGGGUGUCGGGACAGAUGCAUGGGGUUUUGUUCUGGAAAUCUAACACAGGCUGUGAGUGGUCCAGUAGUCUCAGAGGUCACAGUUUCAGACCUCUGGAUGUCAGUCGGCUGAUCACGUGGCAGGAUGGCCGCUGCACUACUGAUUUUCUGUCAUCGCUACCCAAACCUGAGUCACACCUGAAUGUGGCUACUGGCUUUGGCUGCGCCUCCAUCUUCUGGUACAUGAAGCACAGCCCUGAAUUUCUUGCAAAGUUCACAGCCUCAGGAACCAUCCAGGACUAUGUGGUGUCCAUGCUGUGUGGUUUAGAGGUCUGCCUCAUGAGUGCACAGAAUGCUGCAAGCUGGGGCUACUUCAACACCACCACCAACCAGUGGAAUACAGAGAUUCUGAAAGGUGCAGGCUUCCCGAUGCAGUUGUUGCCCGUGCUGGUGGAUUCUGGGUCUGUAGCUGGGCAGACUUGCUCUGAAUGGCACGGGAUUCCUGCUAACACACCUGUAGGAGCAGCUCUGGGAGAUUUCCAGUGCAGUGUUUACUCCUGUAUGACGGAUAAGACGGAUGCAGUAUUAAACAUGAGCACCUCAGCACAGUUGACAUUCUCCAUGCCUGCUGAUUUCACCCCUGCGAGUGUCCCGGAUGCUCUCUCUUCCAUCGCUUACUUCCCUUACUUCCACAACACUUACCUGGCUGUGGCUGCUGCGCUCAAUGGAGGCAACGUUCUGGCAACGUUUGUAGGAAUGUUGACUUCUUGGAUGAAGGAAUUUGGAGUCGAGGUCAGUGACUCAGAAGUGUACUCCAAGCUGAUCGAUUUUGCCCUAACUCAACCCAGCACUGACCUCUGUGUGACCCCGACCCUGCUAGGAGAACGACACGACCCUGGCAGCCUCGCUGCCGUGUCCCAAAUCUCCCCAACCAACCUCUCACUGGCUCACGUGAUGCGUGCCAUUUGCGUAGGGAUUGUAGCUAACCUAGCCACCAUGAUGCCCCCUCACGUGCUGUCGGCUAUGGGAGUGAAACGGAUUCUGGGUAGUGGGAGUGCUCUGUCUCGGAACGAAGCCUUGAGACAGGAAGUAGAGCGAGCGUUCCCUUUCCCUGUUGUGUAUGGGAAAGACGUGGACUCAGCAGUCGGAGUGGCAAUGGUUUUUAAUGACAAGCUGAUCAGCCACACUACAUAAUAUACACUAGAGACACUCUACACCUUUACAGAUAUUAUUAUGUGUAAUUUACAGCCUUGUUGGCUGCUGAUACAUUUCUUAAAUUAAGAAAAGGUAAUUUCACCAUUAGCACAUACCAUAUAUUUUGGAUCAACAAUAAAAUCCCUGAUUUUUAUGUCAUUUGGUUUACAAUAAUAAUACUUUUAGUAUGAAUUUUACAGAUUUGCAUCUUUUGGAUGUUAUCUAAUUAUUAGAACUGUGAUUAUUACUGUGUUGCUCAUUUAUUAUUGAUUUAUUUGGGAUUUGGGAAUUAUUUCUUAUUAAUUUUUGUUAAUUUAUUACUAUUACUAUUGUUGCCAGAUCCCCAAUUAUCCCUGAUGUAUGUACUCACACUGAAUACAUGUUUUGUAAUUGUCCUGUAACAGUAACUAAUAAUUUGUAAAUAAUUUUUU